AUGGUUACUGUCAGAAGUGUGUUGUCUAUUGCAGCUUCAAGGCAGUGGUCUAUUCAUCAAAUGGAUGUUUACAAUGCUUUCUUGCAAGGAGAUCUAUCUGAGAAGGUAAAUAUGGAGGUACCUCAAGGUUUCAAUGGACCAAAAGCUGAAUUUAGAGUUUGCAAACUACUUAAGUGCCUCUCUGUUUCAUGUCCUAUGGAGCCAAAUGUGAAACUCACUACUUCUAAAUUUGACACUCAUAUAGGUACUUCUGAUGACACAUUAUUGACUGAUCUAGGGCCAUAUCAAAGGCUUUUGGGUAAGCUUCUUUAUUUGACUGUUACGAGACCAGAUAUCUCUUUUGUUGUUCAAAGUUUGAGCCAAUUCAUGCAUAGUCCCAAGGUCUCUCAUAUGGAAGUUGCACUCAAGGUGGUUAGAUAUGUCAAAAGCAGUCCUGGUCUGGGAGUUUUCUUAGCUGCUAAGUGUUCUGAAUUACUUUCAGCAUCUUGUGAUGCAGAUUUUGCUGCAUGUCCCAACACACGAAAGUCAGUCACAGGCUAUUUUGUCAAACUUGGCUCUUCCUUGAUUUCUUGGAAAUCUAAGAAGCAGUCCACUAUCUCUAGAAGCUCAGCAGAAGCUGAAUAUCGUAGCUUAGCAUCCACAGUUGCAGAGGUAAUUCAACAUGGUCUUGUUUCUACUCUCUAUUGUCCUACAGCUGAGCAGGAAGCUGAUAUACUCACAAAGGGACUUGGUCGUAUUCAACAUUCAUAUUUGCUGUCCAAGCUAGGUCUACUCAACAUCUUUCCUAGUCCUAGCUUGAGGGGGGGUGUAAAGAAUAUAAGUUAA